AUGGUUGACAAAGACCGCUCUGGAUUUCAACAAGUCCUCGUCACUUCAGUCAUUGUUAUCAUCAGCACAUCCCUGGUAAUUUACACCAUGACCACAGAAUAGAGACCAACAGAAGUCUGACUUCUUGUUUGCACUUAUGACACAGAAUAAAGACACACAGAAGGUCGACUCCAUGAUUCAUCACCAAAACGCUGACAUCAUGGUCCUAGCCAGUGCGCUUAUGAGAGGCAUUCCCCCCUGGAUGUCUGCCAUUUUGAAUAUUAUCAGGGGGUGAAUGCCUCUUAUAAGCACACUGGUUGGGACGGUUAUGCCAAAAUCAUAGGAAAAACCAAGAAGUCUGGCUUCUGUAUCGUCUCUAUUCUGUGCUUAUGAUAUUGGUGUAACCAGGGUUGGUAAGUUAGAUGAAUAAUUAGGCCAAAUCAUCAUUAGUGCCGUUUAGAAAGCAAAGAAAACACAAGGCCAAGACAAAGAAAACAAAGGCCUAGUGUGACGGUGUUAGGCCUAAUUAUUCAGCAAACCUACCAACCCUGGGUGUAACCGUUGCAAUGCUGUUACCAUGUUCCUAGCCAGUGUUCUUACAGUAGGCAUUCACCCCCCCCCCCCCUGUGUAUAUUCAAAAUGGAGGAUGUUCAGGGGGUGAAUGUCUGGCACACUGGCUAGGAACAUGGCAAGUGCAUUUUUUUAUUUUUUUUUUAUUUUUUUCGCCCAAUUACAUAACAAUAAGAAGUAGAAUUAAAUAUUUACAAAAUUAGGGCUAGGAACCUUCUAGAAACCAAAAGGCUUUUGUUUAAGGUCCCUAGGUAAUAAUUAUAUAACUAGCUAUAUUCAUAAUCUAGCAUGCAGUUCGAAUGUUGUUUUUUAAAGUCAGGAAAUAUAUUAUAAUUAAUGUACAAUACAUUACUGUAAAAUAGUAAGCUGGAGUUGUAUUACAUUUGACAGAGAAAAAUAGGUUUUUAACAAAUAAUGAAGAACGGGAUAUAUAUAUUUACAUUUACAAACUUUUUACUGGUGAAGUGAAACAAGGAAUUGUAGAUCACAGGACAAAGAAUAAUAUCAUUCUGGCUAAUUUAAACAGAAUUCCAGGUUAAUAGUUUACCUAACAUAGUCUGGUUAAUUCAACCAUAUAGCGUGGUUAAAUUAGACAGGAUGGUAAUCAAAUUAAUGGCCACAUAUAAUCCAGGCCAAUUUUAUAAAACAUUUAUUGAGGUUGCGUGACAUUAUAUUUUUGUGCUAUAUUUGCAUCUCCAAAAAUUCCUACUUUUGCCCAACUUUUCCUGAAAUUUUAGUCCUACUUUUAUCCCAAAUGCCAGAAAGACUGCUGGCGAUUUGCAAUUUAAUUGUUCUUUUUGUUGGUCAGGUUAAAAGUUUGGUGAGUUUUGUGUCUGGUGUUUUGUACGUGAACUGGAGAGGAAGUCUGACGAGAUUUAUCCAAAAAUUUUAUUUUGCUCAAGACAAUUACUAUGAACUGAAUGUCCUACAACGAGAUAUUGAUAACUUGUAAGUAAAAUUAGAAAAUGUACGAAAACAUACACUUAAAGGUCGUUUUCCACCACUAGGCAGAAUGUUUCGCGCGGUGCGGAAUUUCUCUUUGUUUUUUCUAACGCUUGGUGGAAAACAGCGUUAGCCCACUGAUUGCAAUGCAGCGCUCUCCCCUUGACGAAUAACAUUUGAAAUUUUCCUGCUCAAAUUAUCUACACAGAAAAUUUCACAUUGUUUAGAACGUUAGCGUGUGGGUUGAUUGGCAUUUGAGCACUUAACUUGCAGUAAAGCUCAAUUUCUCAUGCUUUGAAAAUUUGGAAAAUUCUCGCGACACUUUUUCUAUUUCAACCAAGAAUAUGGGUAAAACUGGCCAGUGAAAAGGAACUGGCACUUGAUGCCUCCUGCCCCUCUCCAUUCCCCCACCAGGCACACCCCUUUUGCUGGCCCUGUGCGUGAGAAUCUAUUUUACUCUCUUUUGUAGAGAUCAGAGAAUCACUCAAGAUGUGGAUAAGUUCAGCAAUCAGUUCAGCAAUAUUUUCUCAACUCUCGUCAUUUACUGUGGGCUACUACACUUAUCAGUGUUACAAAAGGUGUGCACGACCGAUAUAAGUUCGAAUCUCUUUAAACACUUCUAAAGCUGUUUCCAUUUAUGCCAACAUUCAUGAUCUAGCACGUUUUGUUAAUGGAAUGUUGUUAAACAUUUAUCUCACAUCAAGGCUGCCUUUUGUUUGCCAAAACAAUGCAAGUAUUUCCUGUAUAGUACACUUCGCAAGUUUCGUUUCGACAAAUUUUCCUUGUCCAAAAACUGACAUGCCCAGCUUUGCAACAAGACUCUCUGGCAAGGAAUAAUUGUCAAUAGACCAUUUGCAUUAUAGACUAAAUUUUGAUCUAAACAAGUCUAGACAAAAAUUUCAUGAACACAGCUUGAAAGAGCAUCACAAAAUUAGUAAUAUUCCAAAGUUUCGUUGCGAAAUGUUGUAAAAUGCGGAUAAUAUAGCCUUGCGAAGUUUGCCGUUUUUCAGUCAUUUUGCAUUACGUGGGAGAAAUUGAAAGCCCAAUAAAUUUGUAAUCUAAAAUGACUGAAAAACGGCAAACUUCGCAAAGCUAUAUUAUCCGCAUUUUACAACAUUUCGCAACGAAACUUUGGAAUAUUACUAAUUGUGUGAUGCUCUUUCAAGCCGUGAUGAAAUUUUUCUCUAGACUUGUCUAUAAUGCAAAUGGUCAAUUUUUUGCCCUACACACGAGUAAAUAGAACUUUUCAAGGAAAAAUUACCUGUCCUGUACAGGGCUUUGCUAUACAAGAUAAAUCUUUGCACACUAACAUUAAUACCAGGUAUCCAGUAUUAUCAUGUGACCAAAUUAAACCAACAUCGUUGGCUAAUUUACUCAUUAAUUAUUAACGAGUUUGAGAUGUAUAUAUACCAAAUAUUUUCCUGGUAUAAAAGAUCUUUUUCUGGGAACUGAUUUCCAUAUUUUGAAACACCAAAUUCUUGUUUACGUAUUUUAACCAAUUGGAAGUCAGUAUCAAUAUGAGGUGACGACCUUUGAUCACAAGACAUUAGAUAUUCUAUUUCUUGCCAGAAUAUUCCUGUCUGUCCAUAGCCUACGGUGUAGACCCCUCACGAAACGUGUUUCUGCUGGGGUCUACACCGUAGGCUAGUCUGUCCAUUGAACACUUCAUGCGGAAUAGCGAUAUUUGUCUGCUGCUCUAAACAGACCAUUUUGUUAAAGAUUUCAAGCAAAUACUAACACAGACUUUCUCGAAGAACGAACACUGUAUCUACAUUGUGUCUAUAUAGCGAGGUUUACACUACAAAGCGACUAACAUCAACACAGAACUUGCUUUCUUUAUAUUACGAGAGAAGAAUGGCGUGAAAUUUAUGGCGUCUUAUAUACAAGGCUAUGAUGAGGAAAGAUUCGCAAGCAAAGUUAAUCGAAAUUUCCUCUGUUUGAUUUGCUUCAAUGUCCUUAAAGACCCGGUUCUGUGUCCGAGAAAUCAACAUUGUUUCUGUCGUGCUUGUAUUACGAAACAUCUCGAGAAUUCUCAAAGAUGCCCUACGUGUGCGAAUGAACUGACGGUAGAGACUUUGGCCAAACCACAAAGGAUGAUAAAAGAUUAUUUAGAUGAAUUAAAUAUUCAUUGUGUUUACAACAACAGGGGUUGUGAAGAGAUCGUACAACUGCAACAUCUUGACAACCAUGAGGCUACAUGUGGAUUUACUCCAGCCGUUUGUACAAACCCAGACUGUGGUGUAAUUUUAAGCCAGCGUGAUCUUGUUAACCACGAAAGUGAACUAUGUGAAUUUCGCAAGUUGAAGUGCAACUCGUGCGGACCAACGGCAAUAACGUUGGGCGAUAGAAUGGCAACGAUGGCGACAAAUCUGGCGACUGUCGAGACAAAUGUGCGGACCAGUAUGACAAAAAUGGCGACUGUGGUUGCCAUGGAAACCUGCAUGAAUGAUGUACAAGCGAAUGUACAGACACAAAUUGCAAAUGUGGAGAAGAACAUGGAGAGAAAUACCGCAAACACAGGAAAACUCGAAGCAGUGAAUAAUGAGAUGAAAGGAUUGAAAACAGCUUUGAUUGAAGGUCUUGAUGAAAUGAAGGAUGUUCUUGUCAAGAUGGAGGACAAGAUAGAAGGAAAUGCAAGAAAAGUAAGAAAUACAGCAAGUGGUGACAAGGAAAAUAUAAUUGUUGCUGGAGGUAAUCGAACUAACUCUGUAGAGAUGUUUAACUGGCGUCGAGGAACAUGGUCGCCAUUACAAUCCUCGGCAAAGAAGCGUUGGGGAGCAACUUUGUUUGUAUACAACAAUCAUGUGACAAUUGCUGGAGGUUGCUGUUUUGGCCUUGUCGAUGAUAUGAUUAGAAUGAAUAUAAACCCAUACCCUGAUCUCUCAACACACUGGAGUGACUGUCCUGUUAAACUGCCUGGUACGUUGGCAUUCCAUAGCAGUGUGCUGUAUAAUGAUCAGCUAAUAGUCACUGGUGGUAAUAAUGGAAAUGCAGUACCGGUAUCUGACUGUAUUGAUGAAGUCCAGCUUACCCCUCCUUAUACCGCGAAGACCUUAUCAAGAAUGCCAGAACCAAGAAUGCACCACAGCACGCAAUUAUUUGGUCAUAGUUUGUUGAUCGUGGGUGGAAGUACAACUUUCUGUCACCAAGACAGCCUCAGCAGUGUCGUAUUGUAUGAUAUAAAGAAGAAUGAAUGUAAACAGUUGGCACCACUGCCGUAUGAAGUGAGUGGGAUGGCAACUGUGCGAUGGGGAGACAACAUCAUUGUUAUAGGCGGCAUUGACAAAUGUGGCAAUGUAUUAGAUACAGUGAUCAUUUACAAUGUCAAGACUGAACAAAGUCACUUGUUGCCGCCAAUGAGAUGCAAAAGACAGAGAUUUACUGCCGUUGUUAUUGGAAACAACAUUGUAGUACUGGGAGGAAGGGAUGCGGUAGAACGUGACUUAAAGUCAGUUGAAGCUUUCAACUUCGAAAGUUGCAUUUGGCAAGAACUUCCAGAAAUGUCUCGAACAAGAUGGUGGCACACUGCUGUUGUUGUGUGA